AUUAAUCUUGUAAUUUGGUUUUUAAAUGGAAAAAAAUAAAUCUAAUAACUUAGAUCUACGAUAUGAACUUUUACUAAAACUAAUAUAGAUCUAGAUCUAGAUAGUCUAUUCUAGAUCUACAAUUUGUGAGUGUCAGACUUCAUUCAGGAAUAAAAGGUAAAUGCAAACGUGAAGAACAUUCACACACAAAAUAUGAUGAUCAAGAUGACAUUCUACUAGUCUGGUUUAAUCUGCCCCUACCUUGGAUUGAUUGAUCAGAAGAACAACAUAAACAAUGCCUCUUGUUGAGAAAAUUGGGGAAGACAAAGAUGUUAUUCCUGACCACUUGACAUCACUGACUAUCAAAGAACUGAAACCUUCCACAAAGCUUUUAGAUAGAUAUUUAAAGGUUAAAGUCCAACAGAAAUGGCAACUUUCUACUAGAGGUCCUGGCUCAAUUAAAUUAACUCUUGUUGAUGGGGAUGGCACUGUCAUAGAUUUUCUCGGAGUGGGGAAAAUAGCACACGACUUAGAUUCUGUUACCUGUGGGGAAACUUUAAUUUUAAUAAGAUUUGUGUGUCAAAGGGCAACAUCGGAUUACAAAAAGCCAUAUUUGAUCAUUGCUGAUGACACGAAACUUGAAAAGUCCCUGGUUUGGAUUUGUAAGAGUGGUCCAGCUGUUGUAUAUAAACAAGGAGAUAAACCAGCAGACAGCAAAGUGGCUUUUAAGAAUCACUUAGAGGAACCAUCUAGUGGUCCGAGGGCAAAAGUGGUUCAAACAAACGGUUCAGUAGCUGGAAAAAAAGAAGUGGAUAAACGAACUAGCCGAGCAACUAGAAACAAAGAAGUGGUUCAAAACAAUGGCUCACCAGCUAGAAACAAAGAAGUGGUUCAAACAAAUGGCUCACCAGCUAGAAACAAAGAAGUGGUUCAAACAAAUGGCUCACCAGCUAGAAACAAAGAAGUGGUUCAAACAAAUGGCUCACCAGCUAGAAACAAAGAAGUGGUUCAAACAAAUGGCUCAGCAUCUAGAAAAAAAGAAGUGGAUAUACAAACUAGCUCAGCAGCUACAAACAAAGAAGUGGUUCAAACAAAUGGCUCACCAGCUACAAACAAAGAAGUGGUUGAAACAAGUGGCUCAGCAGCUACAAACAAAGAAGUGGUUGAAACAAGUGGCUCAGCAGCUACAAACAAAGAAGUGGUUGAAACAAGUGGCUCAGCAGCUACAAACAAAGAAGUGGUUGAAACAAGUGGCUCAGUAGUUGGAAACAAAGAAGUGGAUAAACCAACUAGCCCAGCAUCUAGAAACAAACAGCUUCCAAAGAAGUCUCCGCAGUACACGUACAAACUUCUGUCUGACCUGGAAGUCAACACUGUUGUUGAUGUCUAUGGAGUCGUCAAAUUCUCCAGACCUGCCAUGAAAACAAGAGGCCAAGACUAUCUCUGUGUCGUUGGAUUAGUUGAUCCCUCGUUGACAGACCCAGAGAGUAAGCUCCCUUGUAACCUGUUCUGUCGAGAUGCUGACAAGUUGCCUGCUCCUGAAACUGGAGAUGUUAUCAGAUUCCACAGGCUCAGGAUUCAAACCUUCAAUGGACGUCUCCAAGGCUCCAACGCACCUGGUUUUCAGUGGCUGUUGUUCCAAGGGUCAUGUGACAGGAGAACAUCUUCAAGCCCUAAUUACACUUUUGAAGAACAUGAUCAGCAGAAAGUGUCGCAACUGAUGGACUGGUGGAAUGAACUAAAUAAACUGACCCUGACACCUCUAGCGGACAUGCAGCCAAAGCUGUAUUAUAACCUUGUGUGUCAGGUGAUCAGAGUUUGUGAGUUGGAGUCUAACUGUGUGCUGCUUCGUGUCUGGGAUGGAACACAUUUUAAUUGGCCUGUGAAAACAACCAAAGAAGAAGAACUGAAUGGCUCACUUAAAGAGGACGCUCGUCUUGUCAAAGCUUCUGAAGGAUUAGCGUGCGACAUUUAUGUGUUUGACUGUCAUUGUCAAAGUGCAGCCGUUGUUGAGCCUGGUGAUUUUGUCCAGUUUGUUAACCUACAUGCUGCUGUGUACACAGAACCAGUUGAAUUAACUCUUCAUGGAAAUGUUUCCUUUGGUCGUAAAGUCGCAGUGCUGCCCCCAGAUAACUGUGACGUUGUGAAACUAAAAGCUGUUCUUGAUCCCUUGGUCGAGCAGAGUGACAGGCCUGUACAAGAAGAAAACGACCCAAAUGGAAGGUCCGGAAGAAAAAGGCAUCACUCACUCUCCACGCUAAAAGAGGAGAUCUCUUCACCCAAUAAGAAACAGGCCCGUGACACAAACAGCAAUGCCUGCGAGAGUUCUCAGACUUUGUCCAAGUCUCUGCCUGGAACCUCUCCACAUUCUUUAACCGAGCCUCGAAAUUCUUCCACUGCCUUUGAGAAACAAUGUACCAUAAAACAAACAACUUCACGCGCAACUACUUCUGAAGAAAGAACUUUGAUUUCUUCAGAUUCAAAUGCCGCCAAGACGAAGACCAAUCCAACUAGUCAUGUGAGUAAAGAGCAUGUCAUUGAGGUUUGUUGUGAAGAGAUUUUCAAAAACAUGCCUGCUAAACAAAGGAAGUGUUUACCUCCCUUCACUGCAUCUCAGUUGUCUCCUUCAACUGCGUCUCAUCGUGAUUUAAGUCAAACAGUGGUUCAUCCCAACAACAUAGGUCAGUGCUGUCCUAAGCACCAAGAAAAAGAUCUAAUUAAACUCUCUGCCUCUCCUGUAAUGCAUCACGAAAUAAUUCAUUCACUAAAUCCUGUUGGGAGUGAAAGCGGUACUAUUUGUAAAACUUCAAACACCAGGGAAGGAUUAACUUUCAGUGACAAUUCUGUCAGUGACAGCUUGGACUCACCUUCAAGCUAUCAUACUGCUCCGAGCCCAGGCGGCUGUGGCAUGGAAACAGGCAGCUGUGACAUGGAACCAGGCAGCUGUGACAUGGAAGCUAGUUCUGAUCAAAACUUGCCCAGCCAUGACCAGACAUCAUCCAGACAUGACCAAACAUCGUCCAGACAUGACCAGACAUCACCCAACUAUAAAAUAGUUAAAAAAAAACCUUUGGUUUUAAAAAAGAAGGGGCAAAAUCAAGAGGAAAAAAAACCUUCCAGCCUGUUCCCGCGGUGUUUAGAAGGUGAAGGUCACAUCAUGUGUCAUGACACUUACACCAUAUACUACGUUAGUUCCCAGGAUUCUAUGCCAGAUAGUUCAGAGAAAAGUCAAGACUCUGACAUCAGUGACAACUUGUUCAGUGGCUGUACCAAGACAACCGUUGUCAGGGGCCAUAAGACUCGUAAUUGUAGCCAACCAGCUGUCAUUAAAAAGUCACUUAGUCACCUCACCGACCCAACAGUAAGUGACAAGCUAGUCAGCUGUUGUAGCCAGCAAUCUGUCAACUGUGAUACUUCGUCAGACCGUGGCGCCAAACUAACUGCCGCAGACGCUUCAGGUAGCCAAUGCAUGAGGCCAAAUUCAACUAAUGGCAGGAUUGUCAGUGGUCAGAAAAAGCUUGUUGUUCACAAGAAGCUUCUGCUGAAUCCAGCCGUCAAGAAACAACUCAGGUGUAUGCUGAAAACUUCCACAGUAACUGUAGGACAUCACCUUGUUCCAUUCACCACACUGUCUGAAGUCCUGCAGCACAAUGAGCCGUCCAAGUUUAGACUGCAAGUGAGAGUCCAAGACUUUCUGCCCAAGCCUUCUUGCUGCCAUGCUUUAGUAUUUCUCAGCUGCCGUCAUUGUCUCCACAGUGAAAAUUGUCAAGACUUGACUCACACAGAGAACCAGAUCUGCUGCCAGUGUAACAACAAAAGCACCUUGUCGCCAACUGUGAUGAUGACGUUUACUUUGUUUGAUAACACAGGCACCAUUGUAGCUCAUCUAGUGGAUAAAUAUUCUCUUCAGUUUUUCCAGUUGAACUCUCCCCUGGAGUUAACUGACAAGCCAACAUUUACCAGGGUGGUGCAGUCGCUGAACACGUUGUGCCCUGAUGGUUUGUCUCCAGAAGUGUUCCCCCUUAUGGAGUGCUGCAUUAUGGCUUUCAAAGACAAUGGCUCUAUGAGAUAUCAUAUCUUUGAUACAAUUUUGGUCUAACAGGUCUCUAAUCUCUUUCCCUCCAAAUGAUCUCUGGAUAAGAACUGUAGAUAGGAUGCAAUAGAAUUCUCAAUAUGUUAUGGAUAUGUUAUGUUAUAAUUCACUCCACUCUAUAUUUAUUAAGUUCACUAUAUGAAGAAAUCACUAUAUUAUAACCCCACUUGUUACACUGGGGUGAAGUCUCCCUUGCCCGUGUUAAUGUGCACAAGUAUGAACACAUUUCUAUUACCAUAAAAAAAAAAUCUAACUUUUCCUAAUUUCAUUGACUUGCUUCUAAGCACUACAUGGAAUGAUUAAAAAAAAUGUGUAUAUUUUAUCAAAUUUUGUUUAGUAGAAUUGUGUUCAAUCUACAUGUCUUCUCAAAACUAUGCAUUUUUUGUUAUUAAAAUUUUUUAAAAAACUUACUGUUGAGUAGAAUAAGAAAGUUCUAGACUAUAAAGGCCUAGACCAGAAAGUUCUAGACUAUAAAGGCCUAGACCAGAAAGUUCUAGACUAUAAAGGCCUAGACCAGAAAAGUUCUAGACUAUAAAGGCCUAGAUCAGAAAGUUCUAGACGAUAAAGGCCUAGACCAGAAAGUUCUAGACGAUAAAGGCCUAGACCAGAAUGUUCUAAUAUAUCUUUAUUAUCCUCAAUGAUUGUGCAUAAUACAUAACAAAACAUUAGAACAAAAGCAAAGGAAGUAUAUGUUCCUCUCAGUUUCACCCAGACCUCACAUCUGCAGGUUGAAUUGUAGUCAAUGAUUUUAUUAUCAAUGGAACAAAAGAGUUCUUGUGCUAUGUGUCAUUGAAGAGUUUGUUUGAUUCUGUUGGUUUGACUUGACACCACUCAAUCAUUUCAGAUUGACCAAAUGUUGUGCCUUAUUAAAGUAAGUCUCAUCAUUGGCUAUAUACUUAUAUAUAUAUAUAUAUCAGAUCAUCUAUUCAAUGUUGAUAAACAGAAUCUCUUCAAAGUCAAUAGAUCGUAAAAAGUUUAUCAGAGUUACAUCUUGUUAUAAAGCUUGGUUGUUGUCUUCAAGACAGUUACAAUGAUUUGACAUUAGAAUCAUUUUGUCUUGAUAGUAUCUCGAAAUAAAAAGUUCACUGACCGCUGACUUCAUUUUUAAGUCUCUAGCUGUCCCGGCAAUUUUUUUUUGUUUCGCUAUUUUGUGAGUUAAAUUUUGUUUAUGUUGUUGACAAUUUAUUAUUCAAGAUAAAUGUACUUAGUACAAUGUGACUACAUAGCUCAUUAGCAGAGCAAAAAUUAUUUCAGUAUUUGUUUGUGAUAGUGAUGACAAAAUCACUUAGAAAGCCUCUAAUGCAGGCACCAGUGAAGAAGGAUUAGUGAUUCCUCUUGUUGUUGUAUCAGAUUGUUUUAAACCACAGCCGUCUAUUAGUGACUAGAAGAGGAAGCAGGAAACGGAUGUUCAGCCAACACUUCUCUAGACAGCUCUGGAAACAUGAAAAUUUGAAUUUGUUUUACAAUUGACUUUUCAUUUAUAAUCUUGAAAUAAAAAGUUCACUGACUGCUGACUUCAUUUUUAAGUCUCUAGCUGUCCCAGCAAUUUUUUUUGUUUCGCUAUUUUUGUUAGUUAAAUUUUGUUUAUGUUGUUGACAAUUUAUUAUUCAAGAUAAAUGUACUUAGUACAAUGUGACUACAUAGCUCAUUAGCAGAGCAAAAAUUAUUUCAGUAUUUGUUUGUGAUAGUGAUGACGAAAUCACUUAGAAAGCCUCUAAUGCAGGCACCAGUGAAGAAGGAUUAGUGAUUCCUCUUGUUAUAGUAUGAGAUUGUUUUAAACCGUCUAUUAGCGACUAGAAGAGGAAGCAGGAGACGGAUGUUCAGCCAACACUUCUCUAGACAGCUCUGGAAACAUGCAAAUUUGAAUUUGUUUUACAGUUUACUUUUCAUUUUAAAGCAUUUUGUUUUUAAUUUGUUUGUUAUCUCUCAGUCUAUCAGAGCAGCAGCUUGUGUUUCUGUUAGAGACACUUACCAGUAAAUACUCUGGACUAAAUCUGUUGUUUAUGUAAGGAAAGAAAGUGACUUUAAGCAACUCUUAAGAUUUUUGUAAAAUAGUUUACAUGUUUCGGAUGUUUCUUCAGUUUCUGAAGAUAAUUACAUCCUAGCCCAAACCUUCCGCAGGACAGCAGUAGUGGGCAUUGUUCGAAUCCAGUAUCUUCGAGACCACAGAACAACUGUCCAGAGCACAUACCACAUGACCAGACAGUCAUAAAAAUUUAUCACAUGUCAAAUUAUUUCCAAAGACGUCACAAGAAGUGACAAUUCAGUUAUGUUACAUUUUGUUGAUAUUAUGUUCAUGUAUUAUUUUUUUUUAUCUCUAAAUAAAAGUUGAAGUCAAAUU